AUGAGACAUGCUGCGAAAUGCAAAUUCGAACACUCUUCUAACUCCGAAAGUCCUGGUCUUGGCGAGAAUAUAUGGGCGACUGAUGCAAUAAAAUUGGACAAGGCAAAAGCAGCGGAGUGGCGAUAUGUGGUUCGACGAAUUGCGACAGCUGGUGUAGGAUUCGAUAAUUUGCUCACCAAAGAAGUUUUCUAUCGUCCACAUGCUGUGAUUGUGGAAACGGCCUCGGUGAGCCCAUCUACGAUCUGGGAGAGCCGUGCCAGAACGAUUCCGAUUGCGGAUGCGCCAACUGCAAAUGCAGCACAAUUGAGGCGCUUUGUAUUGCUGCAUAAGAAAUUCAUG